AAGAUGGUGAGAAGUGGCGGUUAAUGCAUGGAUGUUUCAGUUAUGAUUACAGUUAUUGCAAUCUUGUUGACAGUAGGAGGGGUUGUUGCCAUUUCACAGUUCAUAAAAGCAAUCCGUUUGUGGUUGUGGCGAGGUUCAGGUUCAUGUUCUUCACUGUUUGAACCGAUUUGUAAUCUAUCAAAGCGCAAACCGGUAGUCCUUGGUGAGGCUGUUGCUUCAGAUGAUGAUGAUCUUAUCUUGCCCAAUCAAGAAUUUGCCAAACAAGCUCAUGUUCCCAGUUUCCAAAAGUAUCUGGAGAUGUAUAAGAGGUCAAUUGAAGAUCCAGCUGGAUUUUGGUCAGAAAUGGCGGCUGAUUUCUACUGGAAGAAGAAAUGGGGUCAACAAGUCAACUUUGAGAAUCUUGAUAUCACAAAAGGAAAUAUCAAAAUAGAGUCGUUCAAGGGUGGAAUCACCAACAUAUGCUAUAACUGUUUGGAUAGAAAUACAGAAUCCGGAAAUGGUGAGAAGAUCGCGAUUCAUUGGGAAGGAAAUGAUCGCGGUGUUGAUGACUCGUUGACUUACAAUCAGCUGCUAGAUAGAGUUUGUCAGCUUGCAAAUUACUUGAGAGAAAAUGGAGUAAAAAAGGGUGAUUCGGUAAUUAUUUACUUACCUAUGCUCAUGGAACUGCCAAUCUCGAUGCUCGCGUGUGCUCGUAUUGGAGCUGUUCAUUCGGUUGUUUUUGCUGGAUAUUCUGCAAAAUCUCUUGAAGAAAGAAUUAUCGACUGCAAGCCGAAGAUUGUGAUAACUUGUAACGCGGGUAAACGUGGCACAAAAGUCAUCAAUCUUAAGGAUAUUGUUGAUUCUGCCAGUCCGCCCUUGGAUUCUGCACUCUCGGAAUCAUUUCAAAGUGGAAUCCAAGUUGGUUUAUGUUUGACUUAUGCAAAUGAAACCGCAAUGAAAAGGGAAGAUACUAAAUGGCAAAAAGAAAGAGAUGUUUGGUGGCAGGAUGUUGUUCCAAAAUGUUCAACUGAAUGUGAUGUGGAGUGGGUUGAUGCAGAGGAUCCACUCUUUCUUCUCUAUACGAGUGGAAGCACGGGAAAGCCUAAGGGCGUUCUGCAUACUACAGGAGGAUACAUGGUAUACACUGCAGCAACAUUCAAAUAUGCAUUUGACUACAAACCAUCUGAUAUAUACUGGUGUACAGCUGACUGUGGUUGGAUUACGGGACACAGCUAUGUUACUUAUGGACCUCUGCUUAACGGAGCAACAGUUGUAGUUUACGAAGGAGUUCCUAAUUAUCCAGAUCCUGGAAGAUGUUGGGAUAUUGUUGACAAGUACAAGGUGACGAUAUUCUACACCGCUCCUACAUUGGUGCGAUCACUUAUGCGCGAUGGUGAUGAGUAUGUGACCCGUUAUUCUCUUAAAUCUUUGCGAGUCCUCGGUAGUGUAGGCGAGCCAAUCAAUCCAAGUGCAUGGAGGUGGUUUUACAAUGUAGUUGGAGAUUCAAGGUGUCCAAUAUCUGACACUUGGUGGCAAACAGAGACCGGCGGUUUCAUGAUCACUCCUUUGCCCGGUGCAUGGCCACAAAAACCAGGUUCUGCCACAUUUCCGUUUUUCGGGGUUCAGCCAGCCAUAGUGGACGAAAAGGGAAAGGAAAUGGAAGGUGAGUGCAGCGGCUAUUUAUGCGUUAAAACCUCAUGGCCCGGAGCGUUCAGGACUCUUUUCGGGGAUCAUGAAAGAUAUGAAAUUACUUAUUUCAAAGCAUUCCGCGGUUAUUAUUUCAGCGGUGAUGGCUGCAGAAGAGACAAGGAUGGAUAUUAUUGGAUCACUGGAAGAGUUGAUGAUGUAAUUAAUGUCAGUGGACACCGAAUUGGCUCAGCUGAAGUUGAAUCGGCUCUAGUUUCACAUCCUAAUUGUGCUGAAGCCGCAGUUGUUGGUGUUGAGCAUGAGGUCAAAGGCCAGUGUAUCUAUGCAUUUGUGACUCCAGUUGAGGGUGUCGCGUAUAGCGAAGAUCUUAAGAAAAGUCUCAUGCUUUCUGUCCGAACCAAUAUUGGAGCAUUUGCGGUGCCUGAAAAAAUUCAUUGGGCGCCGGGCCUUCCAAAGACAAGAAGUGGGAAAAUAAUGAGAAGAAUUUUGAGGAAAAUUGCUUCUAGGCAGCUAGAUGACCUUGGGGAUAUAAGCACGUUAGCAGAUCCAAAUGUCGUUGGGCAGAUUUUUGCGCUUGCUGAUUUAUAAACACGCAAAAACCAAUAUUGGGUGUCGGUUUGAUACAAAAAAAGGAUUUAAUGUACGACAUAUUGGUACCACCCAGACCUUGGGUUUCAAUAGUAACUUAUGAGGUUAACCUUAACCAUUAAAUAAUAAUACCUAAAUGACUGGCAAAAUCAAAACAAUGAUAUAAGAAGAGGGUCCAAAAAUACAGUACCAAACAAACAUGUAAAAAGCCAAAAAGGAUUAUUCCCCAUUCAUGGGAAAUACAAUUUCCAGUACUGACCUCAACAUUAACCCAAAAUAAAAA